ACCGGAAAGUCUGCUUGAAAGCCUGAGAGAGCUUGAGAAAAGCCACCGUGGAGAGUUGUGGUGUUUUGGAUAUAUUUGACACAGAGUACGGCCACCUCUGCUUGAGAGAUUCGUAUGGCUUGAAGGGUGGAGCAGGAACCUGGCACUUCGACCUCCAUGGAUCCUCUAAACCUCUCUUGGUACAGCGGUGACAUCGGCGACAGGAACUGGAGCAAGCCACUCAACGAGUCCGAUGCCGAGCAGAAGGCUCAGUACAACUACUAUGCCAUGCUGCUCACCCUCCUUAUCUUUGUCAUUGUUUUCGGCAACGUGCUGGUGUGCAUGGCUGUGUCCAGGGAGAAAGCCCUUCAGACCACCACUAAUUACCUGAUUGUGAGUUUGGCGGUGGCGGAUCUCUUGGUAGCAACUCUGGUCAUGCCUUGGGUGGUCUACCUGGAGGUGGUUGGUGAGUGGAGGUUUAGUCGGAUCCACUGUGAUAUCUUUGUAACCCUCGAUGUUAUGAUGUGCACUGCCAGUAUCCUCAACCUCUGUGCCAUCAGCAUUGACAGGUACACAGCGGUAGCAAUGCCAAUGCUGUAUAACACCCGCUACAGCUCCAAGCGCAGGGUCACCGUCAUGAUUGCUGUGGUCUGGGUGCUUUCAUUUGCCAUCUCCUGCCCACUCCUCUUUGGCCUCAACAACACAGAUGAGAAUGAGUGCAUCAUCGCCAAUCCUGCCUUUGUUGUGUACUCCUCUAUCGUCUCCUUCUACGUUCCCUUCAUCGUCACCCUGCUGGUGUACGUGCAGAUCUACAUAGUGCUGCGGAAGCGCAGGAAGCGCGUCAACACCAAGCGCAGCAGCCACGGGCUGGACUCGGACACGCAUGCCCCGCUGAAGGACAAAUGCACUCAUCCAGAAGACGUCAAGCUCUGCACAGUUAUUGUGAAGUCCAAUGGGAGUUUCCAAGUUAAUAAGCGCAAAGUGGAGGCAGAAAGUCACAUAGAAGAGAUGGAAAUGGAGAUGGUGUCCAGUACCAGCCCCCUUGAGAAAACCACCAUCAAACCAGCAGCACCGCGUAACCAUCAAUUGGUUGUGCCAGUUGCUUCUACUCGGGGCAGCAACUCAUCCCUGCAGGCACCCUUGGACAGCCCAGGGAAAGUAGAGAAGAAUGGACAUGCCAAAGAAUCACCGCACACAGCCAAGGUCUUUGAGAUCCAGUCUAUGCCCAACGGCAAGACAAGGACGUCUCUCAAGACUGUGAGCAGGAGGAAACUGUCACAACAGAAGGAAAAGAAAGCCACUCAGAUGCUGGCCAUCGUACUGGGUGUUUUCAUCAUCUGCUGGCUCCCGUUCUUCAUCACUCACAUCCUGAACAUGCACUGCGAUUGCAAUAUUCCCCCAGCGAUGUACAGCGCCUUUACGUGGCUUGGCUAUGUCAACAGCGCUGUCAACCCAAUUAUUUACACCACCUUCAACAUUGAAUUUCGCAAGGCUUUCAUGAAGAUCCUCCACUGCUAAAAGGAAAAAAAGCAGCCGCAAUUUUUAAGAAUGAGAAAAAAGAAGCCAAUGCCAUUCACGCACACAAAUGGGCAGCCAUGGAGAGGUCUCGAGCUCUAGUAUUGGGCGUGAGGUCUACAGUGUUACGACAGUGCCGUGCCCACGCACCUCUUGGUGGAGUUGCAACGAAGACCUUCAUGUGGGAGGUUCUCUCAUCCCUCGAGGUGACCUUUGGACUCUGGGACACCAAUCCCAAGGGCACUUUUCAGAGCUACCCUCACACUGUGCUCAAAGUGAAAGCAAAAAUCAAGACACACACACUUGAUUCUUGCCUGUGGCCAUCUAACCUUGAGUGCAUUAAACACAGACAGUUGCAGAGCCAUGUCAAGGUGGUGACAGGUCACUGCCGCUAUCGGCUUAUGUGUUACGUCACUGAUACAAUUCUCACCAAAGACAAGACCACCCUUUUCCGCUUUGCAAUAGGAGCCAGACAGAGCUUGCAGAAACUCCAUGCAAUAGCUUUGCCUUCGCCUCCAGCUGACUUACCCAGUAUUAAACUGCUGAAGCCUUGAGAAAACACUUUAAGAGGUCCCCAAGUGGGCUAAGAAGGUUCUACCACCUACAGAACCAAUCCCUACGACAGGGUGGGCCUAGAAGCAACGAGGAGAAGGAAGGAAGAGAGCAUAAAUCUCAUAUGGGACCACUGCAUCAGAGUAAAUGUGGAUAAAUAGGAUGAACUGAACAGAACCCCAAGCCAAAAAAAUAGGUGGAAGGAAACAAAAGAAGGGUUGUUUUGUAUUGCAUGGUAUAGGUUCAGAUCAAAUAGGACACUAAUUGUCAUCUAUCAUCAGCCAGUCCAACCACAACUGCCCACCAGCAUUUCAUCUCCAGUCUCUUACAAGAAGUUACGAACUAGGUGAGGAACGUUAGCAUGGUGAAUGUAGAAACAUGAAGACGGUGUGCCAGGGGAGGCAGCAGCAGCCACGUCCAUCUCAGGCGUGAACUUGAACAAGUCAGCUAAGUUAGGUCCAGUUCUUCUCACCUAGCUCCAGGGUGCCAUGGAGCCAAGGACCACAUCAGACAGGAUUUGCGUAUGUAUCUCAAUAGCGAGAGUGCAGAUUAACAUCGUGCCUAAUUUACAUUAACAGUAAAUGAGAUAAAACUGUGUGUUUUGGCAAAAGCCAGGACAAAAGCCCAAGAAAGUCCCUAUCUGGACCCGCUCAUAUGUCCAACUUGAAUUCUGGAAAGGUCUAGAUGUUUCCAGCAUCCCUUACCCUCUGAUAUCUAACUUUUAUGGAUUAGAACAAUUGAAAAUCCAUUACAGCAUAAUUUCACCACGCUGAUUCUGACAUUGCCAAACCCACGCAGUACUUACUAAUUGUACUCAGUUCAUAAUAUAUUUUGUAAUAUCUCUGUAAAUAAAAUAUAGUGAGAUGAAUAAAAUGACAUGGAAAUUAGUCUGUCUAGAAAUUAAUGUAGUAUCUGGAGUGAUUACAAGAGCCACACGCAGAGGCUGCUUCCCAAGUUCUAGUUCCCUGCUCUUUUCUAAAGAUGUGAGAACAUGAUCCAGACAGCAAUACAACCCCUUUUCUCUCUAUGCAGUUAGUGGCAUAUUCACAUAGGUUUUGCUUCAGAACAGACAAAGGCUGCUGCCAAGAGAGGUUUUCUUUUAUUCUCUGGUUGUCUGGUAUUGCUAAGAAAGCAUUUUUCUGCAGGGUGAACUGUGACUGUAGAGUGUGUUCCAGCCCUAUAUCAAGAACAGCUUGUGUCCAACAGCUGUGACAUAUGCUCUCAGCUGUUUUCUGAAUUAAAACAGGAGUCCCAACUUGAUCCAAAGGUUUCCUUUCUUAACCUCGUAGUCCUGGAACAGGCUGAUAACCAGCAUUUAGCUUAUGGAUUUGGAUAACAUUUGAACAUGGCUCUUCAGGAGAUGUUCACAGCUAUAAAUUUAAACGAAGAGCCAUUCCACAGAUCCCUAAAUGCGUCCCAGCUUAGUGAAGGAUUCUAGCAUAGAUUUUCAGCAGAAGAAGGUCCUACAUGGGAACUGAACAGGAGAGGACACGCUUCUCAGAGCAACAUUCUGCUGACAUAGAUGAACCAGAUGCUACGCGAUGUUAUCAGGACAAAAUGUUGUGAGCAGGGUGCCAGUCACUCUUCUGUCUCAGCCUUGUAACGCACUGCUAGGGAACCUUUGUACGUUAAUAGAACUAUAGACAGCGGAAAAAAAACACUUCUUACAGAAGCACAGGCAGCUUUCCAACCCUUUUUAAUCAGAAAAUUGGAAACACUAACUCGAGAGAUCUCGUGUACGUGUUAUGCAUCCUUUGUUUUCCCAAUUUUAACCAAGCAAGUCCACUUGGAAAUCAAUGCAGACUGGCAUUACUUAAAACAGUCAAAUAAUAAUGUAGUCAGUAGGUUUCUUGUGGAAAAACAGUAAAAAGCUACUGCUCAAUUUUCUAACAGAUCCACAAUCACAAAGCGGAAAGGUGCCAUCUGACUUCACGAAUUAUCAGGUGGGGAGAAGAAUCAGAAAAUAAUAUAGAUAAAAAAAGCUUUAAAACAUUUGGAAGUUGUCAUAGGUGAUACUCGCCCUGCGCUAAAACCCCAUGUGAGCUCUAAAAGCAAGGGGAAUGUGAAUAAUGUCUUAACUUUGUGCCAUCAUUUUAUUUUGUGUUCCGUGUUAACCCAGGACAAAGCCAUCAUAUUAUACCCUGCACCUUGUUCAAAACUGUUCGUUCCAAAUCCAGAUGCAAGACCUUAAAGCUCAGCCCACCUGAGCUGCUAGAUGAAAAACCGUCCCAAAACCUCAUGGAGGAAAAGAGCUGCUGAAAAAAGGCUGAUGUCCUUCAGACAUUUGCUAACUUGGACCAAAAAAAAACCCCCAAGUGUCACUUCAUAAAGAUUAAGUAUCUGUUGGGAGAAACUACCUGCACUGAUCCUUCAGCCCAAUGAUGUUACAUCACCUGUUCCACUCCAGACUCAAAGGUAUCUCAUGGGGUGUUUGCAUCCCUUGGGAAGGUGGCAAUGCCAUAUCUGUUCCUCUCCUCUGCAGCAGGUUUCCUUUCCCAUUAAACAUCUACACUCAAAGACAACAAACUAAAGUGCUUCCCACCCAUGAACAAAGCCUUCGUAACUCUUUUCUAGUUGGGACCAAAACAUAUCAUCACCUCCGGCUUCACAAAGAAUCAACUAAUGCCAAGAGCAACGACAGCCUUUGCAACCCAUUUGUACAGCACCCGGCACAGCGACAACCCGCUGGCAGUUGGGAUGCAAAGCGUUUGGAGAAACUCCUGGAAUCAGGAGAAGGCAGCUGCGUCGUGCAGGACUCCGAGGCCUCUUGCCCACAGAUCUCAGCCUGGCAAACACAGUCCUCACCGUUACUUCCACUCUGGAAAAAGUACUGCUUUCAUUCCCCACAGCAGGUGGGGAUACGCUGCUGCUGAUAAGGGUACUGAUAUGUGUUUUAAAACACAUAAUUGAGAAGAUUUCGUUUCUUCAUUCCUGAAGAAGAACUUAACGACCCUUGCUGUGGUCCCUAUUUUGUGAAUCACUAUUUGCAACUGAAGCUUUGCUUCUGCUUAUUGAGUCUUCCUGCUCCUGCUUCCCUUCCCUGGGAUUCACAGCUCGCUGAAGCCCGUCUGGCUCUCUGCACCCCUCGAACAGGUUUUAAUUAAGCAGCUCGUGAAUCCUGCCUGCACCGUAUCUGGCGCUUGCCUGCUUGCACCCACUACAGUCGUGAUACUCUUUAUAGUUUACUCUUCAAUCAGGAAGACUAAACUAAUUACAGGAGGUCUAAUUAGCUUAUUAAACCCUGCUGAAAUAAAAAGGAAAAGAGAUAAAAAAAUAAAAGGCACUACCUCUGUGGUGAAAAUCUCCCGCGAAAACAUGACUCCCCGAAGAGUCAGGAAUGUA